AUUUUGCGAAGGCCUUAUUAGGCACCGAUUGUAUCACACGCCUGCAUGCACGAACAUAAAGGUCAAUUGAUCUAAGGCUGCCCGUGGUUGUUAAGAAGGUAUGCAGCAAAGGGUACCAGACAACUGAAGUAAAUGCUUGACUGGACUAAUUCGGGAAACAAAAUCUGAAGGUUUUGAGGUGAGCUCGAGUCAGUGUUUGUUUACGUAUAGACGGUACGGGACAGGAUCAAACGCCGGCCACCAUGGCCAUGGCCCGCGCUAGGACGUCUUGCCUGUUGGUAUGUUUGCUCGCUGUCCUGACCCGAGGUGUGACUGCCCUUGACUGCGCACCCCAAUGCCGAUGUUACGGUACCACUGUCGACUGCAGUCACGGAACCCUCACAGAAUUUCCGCGGAAUCAACUCAUACCAACUUCAACAGAAGUUCUCCUGUUGAAUGACAAUCAGUUGUCAGAAGUGAGGCGUGACCCUCAGCUUCCCAACCUACUGGAACUGAGCCUGGAAGAUAACUCCAUCACUGCCCUGACACGCAAUCCAUUCAUUUAUCAGCCCAACCUCCAGAUUCUCCGGUUAGGAGGAAACGCGAUCUCCGAUCUUCCCGCUUCGGCUUUCAACGGGCUGAGCCAACUUGUGAGACUUUACCUGAAUAAAAACACCAUCACAACAAUAACUGCGUUUGGAAGCAAUUCUGUCGUCAACAGACUGAAGAUGCUCGACUUACAGGACAACAAACUCACCUCCAUCAGCAUCGGGACGUUCACAGGAGUCUCACUUCUUACGGAGCUCAACCUUUCAUCUAAUAACAUCUCAGCGAUAGAAGACGGGAGCUUCAGUCAUCUCAAGGAGCUACGUGUCCUGUACCUACAUUCAAAUCACAUCGGCAUGUUGAACAGCGCGACCUUCGUGGGGAUGUCAGCCUUAACUCGUCUGACUUUGAGCAACAACAAGAUCCAGAGUCUACCUGACGUGGCCUUCAUCGGCGCCCCAAACCUGGAGUUUCUGGACCUGUCAUUAAACGACCUCUCCACAAUCACACAGCAAGCGUUUUCAGGACUGUACAAUCUUACCACGCUGCUUCUGGGUAAUAACAAAAUCAGCUCUAUCGAGGACUGGGCGUUUGGUGACCUGGUCAAGAUGCAGUCAUUGGUCCUGAUAAACAAUUUUCUACAGAACAUGUCAGCAGCAACUUUCACGUCUACGGAAGUAUGGGAGCUGGACCUCGCUAACAACAGUCUCACAACUAUCCGGAGGGGAGAUUUUGCCAGGCUGAGAAAACUGAAGUAUCUUCAUAUAUAUACUAACGAUAUCACAAAUGUGGAGGACUUUUCGUUCGAGAAUCUCGCCAACCUGAAGGUCUUAGAGAUAUACGGGAACCGUCUGACGAAUGUGUCAGCUGCAACAUUUAAAGGCCUGGUGUCUGUGGAGUAUAUAGGGAUGGGAGGCCACCCUGAAAUGGUAAGCUUUCCUGACGACACGUUCUGGGAUCUACCAAAGCUCGCUCACUUGGGCCUACGCGGCAACCCACUCGUGAGCAUCAGCGACGCCGUGUUUUCACGCCUACAAAGCUUAAAAAGUAUCGCUAUGUCAGAUUCCAGGCUGAGCUCCUUGCCGGCUUUGCCGGUUUCCUUAGAGUCACUCUCGAUCUACAUCAACCGGCCAUUAACGGAACUUCGCCCGGGAGACUUCACAACACUUCCCCGAUCAGAGACAGGAGAUCACCUGCCACUCCCCAACCUGACCAGCUUACAGUUGUCGAGGUCAGGGCUUCAGAAGAUUCACCCGUUUGCUUUCGCGACUUUGCCGGCUCUGACAUCUCUGGAUCUGCACGGGAAUAGUUUUCAGAGCAUUUCGUCAAUCGAUUCAGAUGCAUUCGGUAACCUGACGACUCUGCUAAGUCUGAACAUUGACGGAGUAACGACAUUGUCACCGCGUGUAUUUCGGCAUCUCCCGUGCCUCCAAUCGGUAACCUUGGGAGAAAAGUUGACCUGCGAUUGUGACUUGCUUGAUCUCGUGAAAUGGAUCAAGAAAACAACCGUCAAUCCAAGUCCGCCAACCUGCUGGUUUCCAAGGAAGUUGAGAGAACGUUCUCUAAAAAGCCUACGUGAAGAGGAGUUAGGGACGUGUUCCACCGACAACAGAACAACUGCUCCACCGACAACAGAUCCCAUGGUGCAGAUCUGCCCAACCCUAUCUCCAUCACUUUUGACGACAACACUUUCACAAAGCCCUCCUGUGACAACUCCAAAGUCCUCAAAACCACAGGCAGCAGCCGUGGGCUUGCCAGAAUCAGCAGUCGUGGGCUUGGCCGUCGGAGUGCCCCUGUUCCUGAUCAUCCUCGCGAUGACGGCCGGCUUCUGUUUCCUGAGGAGGAAAGGACGCUCUUCUGCCGAACCGAUGCGUCAAACUCAGCAACAGGAAGCGCCUAUCGGCUUAGCUGAAGUUACCACAGACGACCCUCCAUACAACAGUAUCGAACACGUGGGUGCGCGCACGUCGGGCCAAACUCAGCAACAGGAAGCACCUAUCGGCUUAGCUGAAGUUAUCACAGACGACCCUCCAUACGACAGUAUCAACGAAGAUCAGCGUGAUGUCUCAGAUGACAAUCCAUACAACUCAAUCAUUGAAGAUAGACGUGGAAGUCAGGAAAACCCGUAUCAGAACCCCGAGACUGUGACAGAACCGGUAGCCGACAGGAUCACUAGUUCCUAUCUUCAGUUUGCUGGAGUGGAGGGGAGCAUGAAUUCACCGGACAGCAGGACGGAUGAUGAACAAGGCCAUGACGUGUCCAUUCCAACUCCACGUCCCGGAGACGAUCAGAGUUCCUCUGUGACAGAACAGAUGGCCGACAACAUCUAUAACCAAGUCAACGACGACGGGUCUGAACAAGAACAGAGUGAGUCGCCUCACGAGGACAACGUUUACAUCGACAUCAUCGGCUAGUUUUUGUGUGGUGGGGUCUUGUUAAUGCUAGUAAUCCGCGUAAACUAACCUGAUGUCGUUCUGACAAAUAUGCUUAAUACAUGGUGAUAUGUUAUUGAGAUAGUAAUCGGUAAUGUAAUAAAGGUACACCAGAAUCGAGAGGUCACAAACAAGCAAGUUGUUGAAUACAUUGUACAGUAAGGAACACACGAUUAUACGUGUAUGCUAAAAACGCACCAUUACGACAGCUUAACCCAAGAACAACUGUACAGUG